AUCCACCACCUUUACAUCAUCGAUUUCGGCCUCAGCGAGUCAUACUGGUCGAGGAGGCACAUCUGCAUGACGACCAAGAACAGUAUGGUGGGUACCGCCCGAUACGCCUCCAUCAGCACGCACAAGGGCAUCAAUCAGACACGCCGAGACGACCUGGAGGCCUUGGCGCACAUGCUCAUCUACUUCCUCCGAGGCGCUCUGCCCUGGUCGGGGCUCAAGGGAGCUAAGACCGAGCAAGAGAAGUACCGGAUGAUUGGAGAUAGGUGGCUCUUCCUCAUGGGCCUCCGGGAUGGAGAAGAUUACUGGAGCCUCCAACCAGUACUACCUGAGCGAGAUCGACGACACCGUGAAGACGACCUCAAGAGCCUUCCGGCCAGGGACUUGCCUGUUAUGAUGGCUGCCUUGCUCAGGGUACUGUCGAUGCUCAUGGUGGAGUGCUCCCAACUGCUGCUGGUACACCCACAGACGAGGCCCGACGAUGAGGUCCUUGUGGAAGUUCAUGAUGACGAGGAACGUGAAGAGGAGGAGUCUAUCUACAUGCAAGGCCGCAUGGUCGUUGGGAAGCGCAAGCGCCUGGAAGCCCCGGAGGAGGAUGACCGUCUUGAAGAGGACCGGCUUCGACAAGCACGAGAUGAACAACGGCGCCAAGAAGAGGAACAUGACCGGGAGAUGGAGGAGCAAGCGGAGCAGGACGAGCGCUUGUACCAGGCCCACCAGGGUGCAAUCUACAAGGAUUGGGAGAAUUGGGAAGUUGCCCACUAUGUUCCGGGGCCUCCGAGACAGAGGAUGGUGACAGUCAGUGUCAGGCAGACUUUAGGGAAUGGCGAGUUGGCUUGUCACAAUCUCCAGUGCUGCCUGCCUCAUGGACGAGGGCUUCCUAGUGUCGCGAUCUCGAUGGAGGAUGUGGUGGGAACCGAGCCGAGUUCUUCGGGUCCGUCGCAGCCGGCUUACCCGGACCUUGCAGAGAAUUACCAGCGGUGGAAGCAGGGACAACUGGAGGACUCCUGGGUGUCGUCGGCACUCGGUGCUGAGAUCUUGUGCCUCUACCAUGCGCAGCUGCUUGCGGAUGAAGAGGGCUGCGCUCUUGCUCCGGGGGAAGGUGGUGGACGAGAUCUGGGUGCGGACAUGGUGCCUUCGACUACGGUGACGCAAGUGAUGGAAGACAGUGUUGUUGAGAGUGUGCCUGCUUGUGAUCCUCUCUCUCGCAAUGGUGGCUGA